AUGUGCGGCAACGAGGUACGAGACGUGGUCGGCGCACAGGCUUUAACAGAAGUAGACGGUUGUGAGCAGCACAAGGGCUGCGAACCGACCAUCAGACGGCUUUGUGUAGUGCUGCUCGGUGAUGGAUAUGCCAUCAGCGACGAAGCUGCUUGUCUGUUCACAGAUGCCGACGACAAAUUGGGUACAGUACGGUGUCACGAGGCGCCUCUAGACACAGAGCGCCGCGUCGCCGUCGACGACGAUUGA